ACCACGGACGACGAUUCAUUCGAAUCCAAUCAAACCGUCGUAGGAAAGCCAAGUUAUUGUUACUAGCUGUGUCCUGAGAUCGAGAUGGCUGCAGCCGGCACUGCUCCGCGUCGCUUAUCCGCUAGCAGCGCCAUCGUCUCUCUCGCCAUCGUCCUCGCAGCCGUCGCCACCUGCUCGUCGUUGGGCGCGGAAGCGGCGGCGUGCUCGAGCCACACCUUCUCGGGCAACGGCGGCGGCGGCGGCCGCCUCUACGCGUCGUGCGCGGACCUGCCGCGCCUCGGGGCCGCGCUGCACUACAACUACACGGCCGCCACCAACACCGUCUCCGUCGCGUUCCGGGCGCCGCAGGGCGAGGACGACGGGUGGGUGGCGUGGGGGAUCAACCCCAGCGGCCGCGCCGGCAUGGUCGGCACCAACGCCGUGGUGGCGUUCCGGCGCGCCAACGGCACCCUCGCCGCGUACCCGACCGUGCUCGAGAGCUACGCGCCGUCCAUGGCACCCUCCACACCCGGGGACCUGGCGUUCCCGGUGUCAGGCGUCGCGGCGGAGCACGAAGCGGAGGGGAAGGAGAUGGUGGUGUACGCCACGGUGGCGCUGCCGGCCGGGAAGGGGAGCAAGUUCACCCACGUGUGGCAGAAGGGGAGCGCGGUCGUGAACGAUGUGCCGGCGGCGCACCCCACCACCGGGGACAACGUGCUCUCCACCGCCACCAUCGAUUUCAGCGAUUGAUCGAUGUCGGAGACAUAAACACUCUUACAUGCGUGUAUAUGUAUAGGCCCGGCGUAUAUCCAUGCAUGUACUCACUCCCACCGUGCUGCUUGAUUGUCACCUAUAUAUGUAUGCCCAGUAUUGUUCCCAUACUUAUGCAAUUAUAUACGGAGUAUACGUGCAAAUAAACCAGCGUUGUUCACAGUGUGUUUGUUGACAUCAACACGUGUAUGGUAAUUUUAUCAA